UAUUUAUUUCUAUGUGUACAUAGGCAUAUAUACAAAUUUUUGUAUAUAUAUAUUUAACUUAUAUGUAUGUGCACCAAGAGAGUACAUUGUGCAUUUACUUAGAUGAAAAAUAUUAUGUCAAUAUAACAGUCACUUAGACGUAAUUUUUUCAUUUUUCAUACUUUUUUCAUUUGGAUUGUUAAUAGUUAUCACUGAAAAAUGUUUAUUGUUGGUUUAACUGGAGGGAUAGCCACGGGAAAAAGUACUGUUUGUAGUGUAUUUCGUGAGCAUGGAAUACCUGUUAUCGAUGCUGAUGUAGCUGCUCGAACAGUUGUCGAGCCCGGUAAGAAAGCUUGGCACAAAAUAAAGAAAGAAUUUGGAGAUGAUGUCUUUCAAAGUGACGGUCAAAUUGAUAGAGUUAAAUUAGGAGAUUUAAUAUUCAAAGAUAUAGAAAAGAGAAGAAAAUUAAAUGCUAUUACACAUCCCGAAAUUUAUAGAGAAAUGGGCUGGCAAGCAUUCAAAUAUUUUCUUCGAGGGUAUUCAUUUAUUGUGAUGGACCUUCCUCUGCUAUUUGAGAGUGGGAAAUUAGUCAAAUACAUGCAUAAAAUAAUUGUUGUAACUUGUGAAGAAGAUCUCCAAUUGCAACGUUUAAUGGAAAGGUCAGGAGUAUCUGAAGCCAAAGCAAAAGAAAGAAUUGCCGCACAAAUGCCUCAGGAAAAGAAGGUAGAAAUGGCACAUUUUGUAAUUGAUAAUUCUAGUACAGAACAAGAUAUGAGAGAACAAACAAUAAAAAUAAUAAAUGUCUUAAAAAGUCUUAAAUUUCACUGGCAAAUACGCUUGAUAAUUGGAUUUUGUUGUACAAUCUUGGUAGCUGGUUCUUACUGGUUGAAGUCACGGUUCUUUAAGUCACUAAUCACUGUAUAAGAAUGUAAAAUAUAAUUUAAAUGUUGUUAAUUAUUAAUAAGUGGGAUAGUUAGAAAUAAUUGGGCAUUCCGGUAUUUUGUGGUGAAUUUUUUAUUUGUAUGAUAAAUGAUCAUUUGCUUAUCAACUGAAGAUCUAUUUUUGUUAAAUAUUUCAUAUUAAAAAAUAAACAUUGAUAUUCAUUUCAAAUAUUACUUCAAAUGAUUUCAAUGACGCAUUUUACUUUUUUUUGUUAAUAUUAUAAAUAACACGACAGUGAU